AUGCCAUAAGAAUUAGAUGUUGUGUACUAAAUUUUUGCUUUCUAAAGAAUAAUCAUAGAAUUUAUUGAACAUAAUCCUAAUUUAAAUAUAAUCAAAUUAUCUCCUCUCUAUAAUUUAGAAUUUAUUUAUUUGAGAGGGAAAGAAAACGAUAAUAAUUCAAUAGUUUAAUUAAUAGGAGAUUUAUGUAAUUGACUGAAUCUUAGAAUUUGGAGUAAAUAAAAUAAGUCAAGAAGGCGUAAAUGCAAUGGCUAAAUAUAUGAAUAUAACUAAUGCAUUAGAGUAUCUUGGAUUAGUAUUAAAUUAACAUUAAGUCAUUUUAAGAUAUUAGCACAUUCAUUUGGCAAAUAUAAAAUAUCGACAGUAGAAUUUUCUAAGUAUAAUAAUUGAAUAUAAAUAAAGAAUUUAAGAAUUAGAGUAGUAAGGUGAAUAGUAAAUAUAAAAAUUUCAGAAAUAAAAAAAAAGUAUAUCUGAUAUUGGUGUUAUCAUAUAUAAAAAUAGAUAAUUUUAAUUAUAAUCUUUAAAACCUUAAUUUAGAUUAUGAAACUUGUCAGAUAAUUAAUUAGUUGAACAAGAUAGAGAUUAUAUAGAUAAAUUGUUAAGUAGAUUUCUUGGCAUUUAAUCAUUAGUUUUAAUAAAUGAUUAAUUCGAAGAUACAACAGCAGAUUAAUUGA